AUGGCACAGAUUGUAACAUUUUUUCAGAUGCUGUUAGUUCUGCUACUGCAUGAUUAUAUCUCAGCUGAAGAUGGCGAAACAAGAGCAAGUUGCCGAACUGCUCCAGCAGAUUUAGUUUUUAUCUUGGAUGGCUCUUACAGUGUUGGCCCAGAAAACUUUGAAAUAAUCAAAAGUUGGCUUGUCAAUAUUACAAGAAAUUUUGACAUAGGGCCAAAGUUUAUUCAAGUUGGAGUUGUCCAGUACAGUGAUUACCCUGUACUUGAAAUUCCCCUCGGAACUCAUGAAUCCACUGAGAACCUCAUCAGGGAAAUGGAGUCCAUACACUAUCUGGGAGGAAAUACAAGAACAGGAAGAGCUAUUCAGUUUGCCUUUGACCAUCUUUUUGCAAAAUCUUCACGAUUUUUAACAAAAAUAGCAGUAGUUCUCACUGAUGGAAAGUCCCAAGAUGAAGUCAAAGAUGUAGCAGCAGAAGCAAGGAAAAAUAAGAUCACUUUGUUUGCAAUUGGUGUUGGCUCAGAAAUUGAGGAGGAUGAACUUAAAGCUAUUGCCAAUAAACCUUCAUCAACUUAUGUAUUUUAUGUUGAAGACUAUAUUGCAAUAUCAAGAAUUAAAGAAGUUAUAAAACAGAAACUCUGUGAAGAAUCUGUUUGUCCAACAAGAAUUCCAGUGGCAGCUCGAGAUGAAAAAGGAUUUGACAUUCUUGUAGGAUUAGGUGUGAAGAAAAAAGUUAAAAAGAGGAUUCAAAUAUCAACCACUAAUGCAAAAGCUUAUGAAGUAACCUCACGUGUUGACCUCUCAGAAUUAACAAGGAAUGUGUUUCCAGAAGGUCUCCCUCCAUCCUAUGUGUUUGUUUCCACUCAAAGAUUUAAAGUAAAGAAGACAUGGGAUUUGUGGAGAAUUCUGAGUCUAGAUAAGAGACCACAGAUAGCAGUCACUGUUAAUGGAGAAGAAAAAACAUUAUCAUUCACUACAACAAGUUUAAUAAAUGGCACACAAGUUAUUACAUUUGCUGCACCUAAUGUAAAGACAUUGUUUGAUGAAGGCUGGCAUCAAAUUCGUCUCUUAGUAACAGAAGACUUUGUAACUUUGUAUAUAGAUGGCCAAGAAAUUGAAACAAAGCCAUUACAUCCUGUUUUAGGUAUUUAUAUCAGUGGCCUAACCCAAAUAGGAAAGUAUUCUGGAAAGGAGGAAACGGUACAGUUUGAUAUACAAAAACUGCGGAUCUACUGUGACCCAGAGCAAAAUAAUCGAGAAACAGUCUGUGAGAUCCCAGGAUUUAAUGGAGAGUGCAUGAAUGGUCCCAGUGACGUAGGCUCAACACCCGCCCCCUGCAUAUGCCCACCAGGAAAGCAAGGACCUCCAGGCCCCAAAGGUGACCCUGGGCAGCCUGGGAAUCAUGGUUAUCCUGGUCUGCCUGGUCCAGAUGGUAAGCCUGGAUACCAGGGAUCAGCAGGAACUCCAGGUAUCCCAGGAACUCCAGGGAUUCAAGGACCUCGUGGCUUGCCAGGUAUCAAGGGAGAACCAGGAAAAGAUGGAGCAAAGGGUGACAGUGGACUACCUGGUUUUCCUGGAUUACAUGGGAUGCCAGCACCAAAGGGAGAAAGAGGUCCUAAAGGAGAUCAAGGAGUGCCAGGAAUAUAUGGAAAAAAGGGUUCAAAAGGAGAGAAGGGUGAUACAGGGUUGCCAGGACUGCCUGGGCGAUCAGGAGACCCUGGCAGAAAUGGGAAAGAUGGAUUACCAGGCAGUCCUGGAUUCAAGGGAGAAGUUGGGCAGCCUGGAUCUCCAGGCCUAGAAGGACAUCAAGGAGAACCUGGAAUUCCUGGAAUUCCUGGAAAUCAAGGAGCAAAAGGACAAAAGGGUGAAAUUGGACCGCCAGGUCAACCGGGAGCAAAAGGGUCACCAGGAGAUACUGGUUUGAUGGGACCAGAAGGUUCACUUGGUCUACCUGGAGCUCCUGGGCCUAAGGGUGAUAAAGGCGAACCAGGAAUACAGGGGAAACCAGGAUCAUCAGGAGCCAAGGGAGAUCUAGGAGUACCAGGGGCUCCAGGUGAACCAGGCUACCCAGGCAUUCCUGGUACCCAGGGAUUAAAGGGGGAGAAAGGAAACCAAGGUGACACUGGUAUCCAGGGACUGAAAGGAGAAAAAGGAAGACAAGGAAAUCCAGGCUCACAGGGAAUAGAAGGAUUGAGUGGAGAACGAGGAGAGAAAGGUGAGAAAGGAGAUCCAGGCACUCAAGGCAUCAGUGGACAAAAAGGAGAAUCUGGUGUCCAGGGUUUGAUUGGACCUCCUGGCCUCAGAGGUCAGCCAGGAGAUAGAGGACCCCCAGGACCACCUGGAUCAGAUGGAAAACCUGCACGGGAAUUUUCAGAAGAGUUUAUUCGACAGGUGUGUUCGGAUGUACUGAGAACCCAGUUGCCUGCCAUUCUCCAGAGUGGAAGACUACAAAACUGUAACCAUUGUCAGUCCCAAAGUGCUCCCCCAGGACUUCCAGGACCACCAGGUCCAAGAGGCCCUGAAGGCCCAAGAGGGUUUCCUGGUUUACCAGGGAAUGAUGGCAUUCCAGGGCUGAUGGGCAUGCCGGGUCGCCCUGGGGCUCGUGGGACAAGAGGACUGCCAGGGAAGAAUGGUGCAAAAGGCAACCAAGGACUUGGUGUUCCUGGGAUCCAAGGCCCCCCAGGACCUCCAGGUCCUGAAGGUCCACCAGGGAUGAGUAAGGAAGGACGUCCUGGAGAGCGUGGGCAGCCUGGUAAAGAUGGAGAUCGUGGCACUCCAGGAAUGCCAGGACCAGUUGGACCCCCUGGAAUUUGCGACCCAUCACUGUGUUUUAGUGUAAUUGUGGGGAGAGAUCCAUUUAGAAAAGGACCAAAUUAUUAAUUUGUGAUAUGAUACUUUAGAGGAAUAGUUACGGUGCUUAUCUUUCAUGGUCUUUCAAAUCUCAGGAAGGUGACCAGCAAUAAUCCCAUAAGAAAGAACAAAAGUACCUCUGACAUUAAAAGCAUUAUAAAUAAUGAUCUCAAAGGUUAUACAUUCCUUUUCAAGAAACUCCAAAACACCUGUACUUUUUUUAUACCUUGCACUGGUUGAAUCUCAAGUGUUUUUAAAGAGAUUAUCAGUUUUAAUAGAAAUAAAAUUAACUCUAAUAUUUGGUAUUUAGUAUUUAAGUGUCCUGUCAUUCUCCUUUUACCUCUCUUUACCAAAGCAAGUCCUUUGCAAAAUUGCUGGAAACACCACUGGGAGCAGAAUUAGGUCAUAAAUGGCAUUGGUCAGGUAUAAAUAACUGUGAAAUUUUUCACAUGCAGCCAACAUACACAGUAUUUGAUUUUGAAAGAAUGGGGCUGACUUUGACUUCAUAUGUGUGCAAAUUUCAUUGUCGUAUGUCCAUUUCAUAUGUCAUUGCUCCAGAUGUGAGUGAAAGCAUGUUAUCAGAUUUUUAUGAAUUAA